AAAAUAUACUAUAAUGACAAAAUUUUCAAAAACAGAGUCAGCUGUUUUCUGAACAGCCAUUUUUAUUUCUCACUUCCACUACUUUGACUUUCCAAACUACUCUAGCGCCACCUGGCUCGUAAAAUCACUUUUGGAGUCAAGCAGAUCUUUGCUAUGUAUUCAACAGCACAGUAGCAGUCAUUCUAGUUGUGAAAAGUCAGUGCAUGGGUUAACAUUUUGGCUCAAGGCAUCAGUUUCCAAAAACACAACCCAAACAUCAAGAAUAAAAUUCCCUUCAGUUUUCAUAAAUUUCUCAAGAUCCCAAAAUGGAUACCACAGAGGACUAUGAGAUGGAGGUUGAACUAGAGGAGUUCGACAGUGAAGAAAAGUACCGCUACGAAAUCCUGAAGCCGGAAGGAAUAGUGACGGACAUGUUAAAAAAAAUAACAUUUAUCACGACAAUUCUCGAGGUGCCAAAAACAACCACCAGAAUUUUGUUGUACCACUUUAAGUGGGACGAAGAGAAGCUCCUGGAAGACUAUUUUUCCAAAGACGGAGCUGCCAUCUUCAAGGCGGCUGGCCUAGUAGAUCCUUUAAGUGUCUCAAAAUCUAAAGAACUCCCUUCAGAUUCAACAGAGUUCUGCGAAAUUUGCUUGAGUGCAACAGAUUAUUGAAGUGGUGCCCGGUUCCAGACUGCAACCGUGCGGUUAAAGUCCAGGAAGUGGAAUUUGAACCCGUAAAGUGUGCCUGUGGCCGGAAAUUUUGUUUCAAGUGCAGUGAAAUGUGGCACGCGCCUAUUUUGUGCAAGUAUUUGAGAAAAUGGGUGAAGAAAACCGCUGAAGACUCGACUACCUCCCACUGGAUCGGAAUAAACGCCAAGGAAUGUCCACAGUGCCUCGCGGCGAUCGAGAAAAAUGGCGGAUGCAACCACAUGACCUGCAGGAAUUGUAAGUAUGAGUUCUGCUGGAUCUGCACCAAAAAAUGGUCCGGUCGUUGCUUCAGCACUAGAUGCAACAGGUAUGAUGAAGCUGAAGAAGUCAAUCAGGAGUCGGAUAUUCCCACGGAUGCUUUUAAGACAUAUUUCUUCUACCGCAUGAGGUUUAUUAGACAUUUAAAUUCCUUGGAGCAGGAAAGAAAUUUGAUGAUGGACGUUCAAAAUAAGUGGCAAAGUUUACAAAUGUCAUGGAUAGAGGUCUUCUUUUUGCAAGUAGUCAUGACGAAGGCGGUAAAUGUUUUGCGCCAAACUAGGGAGACCUUGAUGUAUUCCUACGUGUUUGCGUAUUUUGCUGAAAAGUCUAACCAAAAGACUAUUCUGGAGUUCAAUAUGCAGGACAUGGAAAAUGCUACAGAUAGUCUGUCGCAUUUUUUGGAAAUGCAUAUUGAUAAUGCUGAGGUUGAUCUCAUCAUACGCAAGAUUCAGAAUAAGACUCUGUAUUGUGACCAACUCUGCAAAGUACUUCAGGAUCAUGUUAAUGAAGGUUAUGACAAGGGCUGGUGGACCCAUGUUGAAACUACGUAGGUUAUAUUUUUUAGUUGUACAUAUAGAUAGGUUAACUUGAUUGGAGAAAAUUAAUUUUGUAAGGAAGAAAAAUUGAUUUAUUGAGUCAAGAAUAAAAUUCUUUAUUUAAAAAUAAA